AUGAAACUCAAUCCAUCAUGUGACGACAACACUAGAAAACGGCACAACGCCCACAUCCACAGAACCUUUGAAGUUCCUACCAAAAUGAUAUUCACCUUUACUGGAAGUGCUGAACUGAAGCUUUUAUACCUAUAUUUUAUUUUGUAUCAUAGCUGUAAGACUAAUUUCCAUCUGUUUCUCAUCCACUAUAAUUAUAGGUCAUGUAAUCUGUGUUGUAAGACAGCCAGUAUACUAUGUUCAAUAACUAUGAGCUACAUGUGCAAGUGUGCGGUUCCCCUGCAUGUGAAAAAAUUUGAUUCUGGGAGUUGGCUCUCACUGCUUGUGUUCUGACACCAGAGACUAAGCCAGUAUUGUGACCCCCUUCAUGAACCACUUUUAGUUGACUGCUGGUAACAUGUAUGAUAAUGACAGAAG